AGGAUGUCGACGCUCCUGUCAAUGCUCAUACGGUAGCUAUGUGACUCGACUUCAAUGGCUAUGAAUAACCCUCAAGGUCAACUCAUGUACUCACACUCUAGCUGAUCACCCGGAAUAAUCAUCUCUUCAUCUUUGAUAAGAGUUCACCAAUCUGGCAGAGGCACCUGUCAGUACAUGCAAUCAAGCGUACGAACAGACCAUGGCAUCAGACGCAACACCCCAAACCAAGAAAGUCAAAUCACGAAGUCAUCACGGCUGCUCCAACUGCCGAAAGAGCCGACUCAAGUGCGACGAGCGAAAGCCAGUCUGCACGCGCUGCUGGCAAAAGGAUCUCCCGUGCACACCCGACACCACGCUGAAAUGGGAGUCGGAUUUCCACAGUCGCGGACUGGCCUUCGGACGGACAGGCGUAUGGUCCAAGGGCUCGUCACCGAAAUCAGGACGCACAGUGGACCAGAAUGUCUACUCUGCGUACCCCGCCAUCGAGUCAUGGAGCUUCCUACACGGUGACUUUGCCACGCUGAAGCGGCUAUACGAGGCUGAUCAGCUCGGCACAGAACCGCGGGUGGUAGAUCGGAUCGAUCGGUUUGCUACCCAGGGUCCUCAGCGAUCUCUGGCUCUAUUCCCCGAACUGGAUGGUCUGGGGAAUAGCUUAUUUUUCGACUACUAUAUUAAGCACAUCUGCCCACGGACGAUCUCGAGCCUGAAAUCACAGUCUCCGUUCGCGACGGUUCUCCUUCCUUACUGUGCGUCUGCGUCGCCAACGGUGCUCAAGGCCAUACAGGCGUUGGCGGCAUGUCACUGGUCUCAAACGAACUCGACACAUCAAGCCGUUGGUCUGCGCUUGAAGAACCAAGUCCUGAAUGACCUCCGUCACAUGAUCAAUAACACCGCGUUUGUUCUGUCGGCGGACCCGGAAGUCCUCGUGGUCAUUAUGAUGCUGUGUAUGUAUGAGAUCGUGGACCACUGCGACAAACGAUGGAUCGUUCACAUGCAAGGCGCGAAGGAUAUCAUUCGAUUGCGGCGCCAACGGCUCAUCAGCUCGACAGAGCACCCUGUUUCCUCAUUCGCUGAAAGGUUCUUCGCCUUCCAGGACGUGAUGGGGCGUACGGCAUGCGCAAAAGCCGAUCUCUUCGGACCGUCUUAUUGGCGCGACAACGACCAGAGCAUUGACCAGUGGAUGGGAUGCAGUCCAGAACUCGUGUCGAUACUUUUCUCAAUCAUGGACCUGAGCAAGGCUCGAAGAGAGCUUGUUUCCGACUCAGAUCAGGUCACGUUCAACAUCAAAGCGUCAUUAUUGAACCAGAGACUGGGGAAUCUAGUUCAAGAGCCGGAUGACGCUGAGGAUGAAACCUUGCGAACAGUCGCAGAACUGAAACACCUAGCCUGCCGAGUGUAUUUGAAUUGCGCAUUGUACAACGCCAGACCCUCGACCUCGUUGAUCAAAGACCACGUACGCAAGAUACUAAAGACUGUCUUCAUGUUCCUGGAACAAGGACUAGUGGUGAAUGUGAUGUGGCCCAUCUUCGUCGCAGCCGUGGAGCUUGAUCCGCUGGAUGACGAGUUGUGGUCAGACGAGACAACAGGAACUCCAACAUACGGUCGCGCUCUUGUGCUACGCGCUCUAGACGUCAUGACGAAAUCCAGCGUGUCAAGCGUGUCGCGCACGCGUGCAGUGAUCAACAAAGUCUGGCAAGCCCGGGAUUUUGACCUCAUGAAGUCUUCCGACAAAGGCAGUUCCUGCGCGCUGGGAUACAACGACUGGGAAUGGUAUGUCGUUCCAGUAAGCGAUGCGCUGAGUUUGGCUUAA